GAGCUACAUCCCCAAUUGUUGAAUCACAAUGUUUCAUUCUUCCUAAAUUCAAAAAACCAAACCAAUAUGAACUCUUCUUCUUAUCUCCAAGCGAGCCGCGUGAUGGUACUCGGAGCGAAAUCUCCGGUGGACCGCCGCCGGAGAUCACUCGAGAGAGUGAGUAAAGAACUCUCAAGAGGCAAUUACGAAACUGCUCUCUCUCUCGUCAAGCAACUCAAGAGCAAACAUGGCUGCUUAUCUGCUUUUGGCUCUGCUAAAUUGCUUCCGAAGAAAUUAGACAUGAGUAGCAAAAGUGAUCUUUGGUCAUUGAUUGAUUCGGUCUCUAGAAGCAUUGAAUCUGUUUAUGUCGAAGAGGAUUCAGUGAGAAUUUCCAAAGAGGAGGAAACUAAAACUUCACCUGAAGAAGAUUGGUUCGCUGUUGUUCAGCAUGAAUCUGGGCAUUUUCUUGUUGGUUACUUGCUUGGUGUUCUUCCAAGAUACUAUGAAAUACCAACCUUGGAAGCUGUAAGGCAGAAUGUGUCGAGUGUGACAGGGAGAGUAGAAUUUGUGGGUUUUGAGUUCCUCAAACAAGUUGGUGCUGCAAACCAGCUAAUGAAAGAUGAUAGGGAUAGCCGGAUGAAUCUAUCGGAUACUCAAGGCAAUAUCUCUUCCAAGACACUGAACAACUUCUCAUGUGUGAUACUUGGAGGAAUGUUACGUAAAUGUUAA